AUGUUUACCUAUGCAAGUUAAGCUUAUGCGCCGGUUGGCUCUUACUAUGAUAACUCAUAAAGUUACAUGUCACCAACUAAGGAUUAAAGAACACACUCUUUGAGAUAUUUGGAUGAUGGAAAGUAAUUCGAUAGCUUGAUGGAUACUCAUCAUUAUGAAGAAUAUAAAUAAAAAAUGCAACAAAGUUUACUAAGCAAUCCUAAUAGCAGCUAAAUUAAUCAAACAUAUGCAAAUACAUCAAUAGGUUCUCCUUUUGUAUUAAAAGAAUUAGAGCUUAGAUAUUAGGAGUUAUAAAGGCUGCUUAAAUUCACUGAAGACGAACUUAAUAAAGCAAAAGUAAAAAUAAUCGACUAGAAAGCUUAUUAUGAAGAGUUGUUAAAAGAAAAGGACAAAAGAAUAGAAGAAUACUAAACAAAAGAAAGGCAGUUUUAUUAAAAAUUAGUAACUCCAAAUGCAUCUUAAAGAGAAAUUCCAGAUAAGAAAGAAGUUUAUAUUGAGAACCAGGCACUAAUCUAGGAUCCUAGAAAUAUGUAAUCUCCAAUCAGUGAAGUCAAAGGUUUACAUAAAAAUGCCAGUCAAAAAACAUUAGAUUCUUUGCCUUUAAGCUUGGUUCAGUAAACUCCUGUUGAUAAAUUUUAUAAAUAUGAUCUUUAAAUCAAGAAAUUGGAAAUUUCUAUAUCCUAAAAAGACCUUGAGAUUGCUAAUUUAUCUCAAGAAGUAAACUAACUAAAGUAAACUAUUGACUAUAAAGUUCAUUUAGAAAUGCAGGAGAGAUAAAGGAGAGAACACUUUGAGAGUUCCUUAACAAAUAUCCCUUUUCUCACUGAAAAUUCUGAUCUAAAGAGAUAAAAUGCUUCUUUGAAGGCAGAAAAUAAUACCUUAAAAAGAUAAUUGAAAGACAGCAAAUCAAAAUUAGAGCUCUUUGAAACUAACAACUCGAAUCUAGCAAACAAACUGAACGAACUUGUUUAAAAAGAAAAAGCCUUACUGGAAGAGCAAUAUUAAAACUCUUAAAAAAAAUAGGCUACAUCUAUAUUGAAGGUUUCUGGAGACAAGAGUUUACUUGAUGGUGUUGUGGGUAUUAUGCAUUAUAUCAGAUAAGCUCUAAGUGAAAUUAUGUUUGAGGUUUUUGUUAAAAGUGGAAAUAUUUCAAUUCAAAAAAAAGCAAACUCUUUUAUCAGUUUCUAAGUAAACUUGAAAUCAGUCUUCGGGCCUGAAUCUAGAGGAGUUGUCAUAGCUUUAUAUUUAUACAAAAAAAUGAAAUAAUUAGUUAAAAUAUAUUACCCUGAUUAUGGUGAAAUAGGAACUGAAGAUAUGGAUAUGUAUAAAAUAUUAGCUGGAGAUAGUGAUAGAGAGGUUGAGAGAUCUGAAGUUAAUAUUUGGAUCAUAAAUUCUCUAUAAGAAAUUGAGAAGAAAUCAUUAAAAGAUAAAAGCGAAAUAAAAGAUUAAAAAGAUAUAUUUAGAUUGUUAGCUUUGCUCUAUAGAACUCGCCAUCCUCUCUAAGGUACAUCAUUAGAUGUAGAUUAAGAUAUUUAAAUUAGGUUAGAAGAUUAAGUUGUAGAAAGAAUGCUUAAAUUAUCAAUAGAAGAAAUGCCAUAAGAAUAAGAAGAUGCUAAAAACUGA